AUGGCAGAAAACGCCAUAAGCCGACCAGCACGAGAAUUGGACGAGUUCGAGGAUUUCGUUUACGAGAAAAUAGGCCGAGCGGGCAUGGGCCUGGGCAACAAACAGCAUUGGGACUUCAAUGCGCGCAGUUGCAACCUGCGCUUUGAAUCUGCAACCCGGGGACCCCCAGCCAAAGUCUCAUUUCUUCUCAAUAUUAUUCCGGAACUGAGCAACCCCAUGGACAACUUGCAUGGCGGAUGUGCAGCAACCUUAAUUGAUGUCUUGUCAACUUCGAUUCUUCUGGCUAUGUCAAAACCUGGCAGAUUUGCGUUGGGUGGCGUGAGUCGCAAUCUCAAGACGACCUAUAUUCGGCCUGUGCCAACCGGGUCGGAGGCUCGGAUUGUAUGUGAGGUGAUCCAUAUUGGCAAAAGGCUGGCGCUUCUCAGGGCAGAGAUACAGAGAGCAGAUACAGGAGAUAUCUGUGUGGUUGGCGAGCAUGAGAAGGCAAAUACGGAUCCCGAAGUCAACCAAAAGAUCUGA